UGUGAAUAAUUUAAUUAUGAAGUCUUUCGUUAUUGAUUGAAUUAUAUCUUGUUUAUAUGUUAAAUGAUAUUUUUUGAACUAACAAAAUUUUAAAUUAUUGCAAAACAAUCUACAUUGUGAAACAUAUAGAGUAGUAGUAUUAUUUAGACACUACUUACAUUUAGUUGCAAAAUGUAUGAAACAUAACUAUAAGAAAAGGUUUUUUUUUUUUUUAAGGAAUAUCUUGUUUUCCGGCAGAAAUGUUAGUUUACAUAUGGCAAUGAAAACUUAUCAUCAUUGCGGCCAGACACAACUAAGGAAAUGAGGAGAUGUUAAUAUAGAGAACCCAGGUUCAAGUGGAUUAUUACAAUGAAAGAACGUGAGAGUUUGUCAUGGUGGAUUAUUAUUAUAUGCAAUUUUGAUGCAUCUUUUGAUAAACCCCUGUUUCGUGGGCUAAAUAUUCUGCCUUUGCUUGGAGUCACAUAUUGUUCAAAGCCGGCCCUAGUCCCUCCUCUAAAGCAUAUAAACCAUCUGCUUUAGGCCACAUGUCAUGCAAAAUUAAACAAACCACAUUUUAAAACAUCAUGUGUAGUUUAGCUUUAGAUGGUUGUAAGCAGGUAAAUGGCACUCAUGUCCUAAAUUCAAUUCACUUUAAACACUUCAUUUUAAUUUUUCCAAAGACAACUUUUCAUUUUGUUAAUAUUUCAUUAUUUUAUAAGAGCUACAUAUUUGAUAUUUUACAUGUCUUAAGCCUCUUAAUUAUAUGGAAUGGCACUAGGCAUGAUCACCCAAUCUUUCGAAUGUGUGUAUGGGGCAGAAUGUGAUAGUUUGCUAUGGGUUAUGCAAUCAGUUUGGACUCUCAAGUGUCUUUGAAGGAAAUUGCUUUUCUUUAAUACAAGUCACUCAUUCAACUCUAUAUUGAAUCUCAGAUUAGAGAGAUUUUUAAUCAGAAAUUGAAGCAACUACUGAUAUCAUCUAUUGUGUUUAUGUGUUUAAUAUUGUCAAACACCUAAGCUGUGGCAUGAAUGAUGAGGUCAAAAAGCUAUGCAGCUUCGAAAAAACUAAAAAAGAACAAGUUGUAGGGAGUUUGAUUGGGCACCAAGUCACGGUAUAUUAAUAAUAAUCAGAAAGGUGAGGCAACUACUGCUAUGAGCAAAUCAAAAGGACAUGUCUCAUUAUAGAACUUGAGAACGUCGGAAAUUUUAAUAUUUGUUCCACAACAUGGAAAACACCAACUUCUUUUUUCUGUCGUAUACUUGACCAGAAAACUAGCAAAUAAUGCUUUUACAGUAAGUUUGGUACGGAUCCAACACAAAUUAUAUAAAAUGCGGUGACUCUGGUAGUAAUUCUCUAUAAGCAGAUGCAAUAAUCACAACCUUUAAAUUGUGUUUGUAAUGUGGUUUUUAUUAUGUUAGAUGAAUUUACAAUCUAAAUCCAAUUGAUAAAAAUAGAUUGCCUCGUCUUUUUAAAAAUAUAUUCUAACUUUUGAUGUGGAACAUUAUCUAUAAUUCACUAUUUUGAGACAAUGGCUUAUUAGCUAUUAAUUUCAAAUUUUUUUUGGCAAAGAUUGAUGAAACCAACUUUGGAUCGAAUUAAUUAUGGAUUAUUUUUUUGAUACCAUAUUAGUUUCAAUCUAAAAAAAAACUAAAAUUAAUCGGUGAUAAAUAAAUCAGCCAACUUUUUACAUAUUAUUUAAAAUCCAUAUGAACUCGAACAUCUGAUGUAGGAUAUUAUACCUAAUAAUUUUAUCAAUGAAAUUGUGCAUUCUAAAUAGAGAUUUGUAAGUUUGUUUUGUUUUGUCUACCAAAACUAAUUAAGAAUCAAGAAGUAAUUUAUGUCUUAAUAAUUGUUUUAUGACGUGUCAAUUACAAUUUUGUGUCUCCUCUCCUUUCAUCUCUGACCCACAAAUAAACAAAAAACAGCUUAUCCGUCUCCUUGUCUGCAUGAUGAUGCAAUUUUUCAGACAAUUUUCAUCCAAAUUUCUCAUCCAAAUUCUUUCGUAACUUUUUUUGUUUUUUUUUUCCUUCUCCAGUAGUCAUACAAAGACAAUUUGUUCUCCCUUCUGCAAAAAAAAAAACAACAACUGAUUCUUGGAGUUUUUAGUUUUCUUUUUUUUCAAGAAAAUUAGAAUUUUUCGAAGGAGGCUUUGAUGGAUUUGCAUUUGCAUAUUCGACCCUUGUUUACGGGGAUGUCGUGAAAAAUCUUUCAGACAAAAACCUGUUUGAAUGUCUCUCUCGUGUUCUCAUUGUCUCGGCUCUAGUUCGAAAAUGUCUGUCGGUCAAGAAAAUGUCUAUCCUGUCGAAGUUCCUGGGUCGCGUGCUUGCUUAUAUGACCUUUUAUGUUCUGACACACCAAGAUGGACUCUUCAAAUGGAUUUGCAGACAUCUUCUUCUUCUGAUCCUCGAGAUCGGUUGGAGAAGUUGCUGAAGCAACCUGGUAAUAAAUAUUGUGCUGACUGUGGAUCUCCCAAACCGAAAUGGGUAUCUUUAAACCUCGGCGUAUUCAUCUGCAUAAAGUGUUCUGGUGUACACAGAAGCCUUGGAGUUCAUAUAUCAAAGGUUUUAUCAGUUAAGCUAGAUGAGUGGACAGAUGAUCAAGUUGAUAUGCUCGUAGGGUGCGGUGGAAACACUGUAGUGAACCAAAGAUUCGAAGCUUGCAACAUCGACCAGUUAAAGAAACCUAAACCUGAUUCCAAUAAUGAGGAACGCAGUGAUUUCAUCAGGAAGAAAUAUGAGCUGCACCAGUUUAUGGAUCCAAAUGAUAGUGAUUUGUGCUCUCAUCAGCAGCCUAGCCAAGUAAAUAAUCCACCAGCGUCUUUAUGUUCUUCUAGCCACCGUUCUGCGAAAAACCGUAUUGGUCAUGCUCUUAGGAAUAGCUGGGGAAGAAGAGAAUCUGAUCACAAAGGCACAAAGAAGAGCAACUCUCUGGCAGGUAUGGUCGAGUUUGUCGGAUUGAUUAAGGUUAAUGUGGUUAAAGGAACAAACCUUGCGGUUCGAGAUGUGAUGACCAGUGAUCCUUAUGUCAUCCUUUCUCUUGGCCAACAAUCGGUAAAAACAAGGGUGAUAAAGAACAACUUGAAUCCUGUGUGGAAUGAGACGUUGAUGCUUUCGAUACCUGAGCAGGUGCCUCCUCUCAAAGUGCUAGUGUACGACAAGGACAAGUUCACGACGGAUGAUUUCAUGGGAGAGGCAGAGAUAGACAUAGAACCAUUGGUGAGUGCAGCAAUAGAGUACGAGACAUCAACCAUAAGAGAAACGAGGCGGCUGGGGAGUUGGCUGGCGUGCAAAGAGGAUACAUCGGUGAGUGAUGGAAUAGUCUCACAUGAAGAAGUGAAAGUGAAACAAGACAUUUCACUAAGGCUUCAAAAAGUGGAGAGAGGUGUUCUUGAGAUCCAGAUUGAAUGUCUUCCACUAACUCAAUGAUAAACACUUUCGUUUUCUCCCUCGUUUUCUUGUUGUUGUUUAUAUUGAUAGUGAAGAGAUGCUACUUUUUUCUUGAGAUACCUCAAAACCUAUGUACAAAAACGCAUAAUUUGAUUGAUGAUUGACAAUUCUUUCAGAACCAA